AUGAUUGCAAUUAUCCUGUUCCUGAUGCUCACACUUUUAACAGAAAAGAGUAAUACAUACAAAUUCAGCAGCAAGAGAACCACCCUAAAUUAUAUGUAUGGAAGUAGAGGAAUAAAUAUAUGUGCCCCCCAAAAGAGAGCCUGUUCCAGGUUUAUUAGCAAGCUGGUAAGCUGUAAAAAAGAGUCAUGCCUUUCUCCUGGAGGUGGAGACAGAGGAGGUAAAACGGGGCACAUUUCUAAUUUCUUCAGCAAUGGUGGUGGGAAAAGGAGAUAUUUCAAAUCGGACAACAGAAAUAAACUUUUUUACAACAUCACUUUACGAACAAAUGAUGGAGAAAAGAAAAUUGAGUGCAAUGAAGAUGAGUACAUAUUAGAUGCCAGCGAAAGACAGAACGUUGAACUGCCUUACAGCUGUAGGGGAGGAAGUUGUUCUACCUGUGCUGCGAAGUUAAUCGAAGGGGAGGUAGACAAUGAGGACCAGAGCUACCUGGACGAAGAUCAGCUGAAGAAGAAAUAUGUUCUUUUGUGCACGUGUUACCCCAAGUCGGACUGCGUUAUCGAAACGCACAAGGAGGAUGAGCUGCACGAC